AUGCAGCCGCAAACGGAGGCACAGGCGGCAGUGCCUGCCAUUACAGACGAGGUGUACGAGGUGUUCAGGAAGAAGCUGAGCAGCACGAUCUGGAGCCUCCACAACCUGAUCAGGGGCGGCUCGGCUCAGAAGCUCACCAACCUGGCUGGCAGCUACGAUCUGGAUUUAGUCCUGUUGGUGAACCAUCCCGGCACCACCUGGGACGUGGCGCGCAAGGCCUCCAUUGCGGAUGUCCAGGAGCUGCUGGUGUCCGAGGGAUGGGGGGCCAUCCCCACCAAACCGUUCAAGCACGGGCGGUUCGAGCGCCCCAGCCUGGAUCCCGCUGGCCCCCUGCACCUGGAUGUGCUGCCCGUGCCCAAGCCCGCCAACCUGGGGUCAGGCUCGCUGGACAAAGCGCUGUACAACGCGCUGCUCGCGCCCCUCCUGCUGCCUGCGGCGGCACACAGCGACCGCGCAGCAGCACGCAGCAGCGACCAGUGCUACCCGCCGCACCCCGCAGUGCUACCCGUGUCGGACCGAACCCGCGUGCUGCAGCUGACGGAAGUGGAGGUGGAGGUGGUCAGGGCGCAGCACCCCACCACGAAGAACGGGAUGCGUUUGCUCAAGGCGUGGGUGCGCUUCGGCGACCACGAGAUUCGAGGCACCGAUAAAAUCCCUGGCAUCGUGUGCGAGGUCCUGGUGAUGGCCGCCUGCCGCCGCGACCAGCUGAACGUGCCCUACUUUGCCGCAGCCACGCGUCAAGCAGCGAUUGGCGGCGGUCGCCCCCCCGGAGUCAUGGAGGCGUUCAUGGGGGGGCUGGAGCUGAUUGCGACGCGGCUGCGGUUGAUUCCGCUGGAGCCCGCGCAGGCUGACAAAGACAACCCCCCUGCGCCAGUGGUGGCGGAGGUUCUGUACACCGCAGAGCAGGCGGAGCGGUACCGCGGCUGCUGGGGCCCUGGGAAGCCGCCAUUCACCCCCAUCAUCUUGUACCCUGCAGACCCGACUUGCAACAUGCGCGAGCGCGUCGAAUUCGCGCAUUGGGACGAGCUUGCAGACGCAGCCGCCCUGCUCCAUAGCCAGCUGGCCUCUGGGGCUUCACAGUGCAGCAGCCGCGAGGACUGGGCGCGCCGGGUGGAGGGCACCAGCCUGCGGGGCGUGGCGCGGCAGUUCCUGCCUGGCGGCGUCAAGUGA